UAAUUUUUUUAAAGUGACGCAACAUCGUCAAAAAUAAAGCAAAUAGAAAAACAAACGACGAGAAGAGGUCGCAUAGAUCGAGUCCAGUUCUCCCGAGUCUGUGCUGCUUUGUUACUCUAAUGGCGUCCACAAUCUUCCCAUCAAAACCGCUCCUUCUCAUAAUUCUCACACAAUUGUGCCUUAUUCUUUCCGCUCCGGCACUUGCAAUUUCGUCAGGGUCUAUCGAUGGACACAGCAUUAACGGUCGAGUAAAGAUCGGAGGUUUGGGUGCAAAUGGAUUUGGUAUUCCUGGAAAACUAUCAAAUGUCAAAGUUAUACUCAACGGUGGCCAAAAUAUCACUUUUUUGAGACCCGAUGGAUAUUUUUCAUUCUAUAAUGUUGCAGCUGGGACUCAUUUGAUUGAAGUAGCUGCAAUCGGCUAUUUCUUUUCUCCAGUUCGAGUUGAUGUUAGUGCCAGAUUCCCUGGCAAGGUUCAGGCAGCAUUGACAGAGACCAGAAGAGGCCUGAAUGAGCUUGUAUUGGAGCCAAUGAGAGAAGAACAAUAUUAUGAGAUUAGAGAACCCUUCUCCAUAAUGUCUCUUGUUAAAAGCCCAAUGGGUCUUAUGGUGGGAUUUAUGCUGGUUGUGAUGUUUAUUAUGCCAAAAAUGAUGGAAAACAUGGAUCCCGAGGAAAUGAGACGGGCACAAGAAGAAAUGAGGAGCCAAGGGGUUCCUUCCCUGGCAAGCUUAUUGCCAGGAUCUCAGAGAAGUUGAUAGAGACAAACCUUCAGUCUAAUUGGGGCAAUCCACUUCAGCUGUGGAGCUGAAGAUUCAGCAUCAUUGCUAUUUAGUAGCUUUACCGGUGUUCAAUUGAAUGUUCAGGCACACAAUUUUUUUUCAUCAGCAUACAGUUUAAUUUUAUUUUGGUAGCCCAGAAGAUGCUAAUCGUACAAGAACGGCUUUACUCGCAAUGUUAGAUUAUGAAUCAGAAGUUUAUAUACCAAAAUUAAAUUGAAUCAAGUUUGAGUUUGAUUUAUUUUAUUUGUUUCAAUGACCGGAACUUAAAAUUA